AGAUCUCCACAGCUUGCCCAGCCGACUGCUGUAGCCGAACCAGCCCCGGCAUCCAUAGCGUCCUAGAGCAGUGCUUCCCAAACUCUGACAGAUGGCGCACCACCAAGUUGAAACGAUGCAACCUUAGGUUUGGACAUCUAACUGUGGCCCACAUUUUGUUGGAGAAUGGUGCUGAUCUCAAUGCACAGAAUAAGCUGGGAGCCAGCAUUCUUACAAUGGCUUCUAGAGGCGGUCAUGUCAGCAUGGUGAAAUUGUUACUGGAAUCUGGAGCUUUUGUUGAUAGUUAUGACCAUUUUAAUACCAGCUUGGUUAACACCAACAAAGAGGAGCUACCGGAUAUAACACCGCUAAUGGCAGCUGCCCAACAUGGACAUGAGGCAGUGGUGCAUCUUCUGUUAGACUGGGGAGCUGAUUGUAAUUACACUGUGAAGACCAUGGGUUGGAGUCCUCUAAUGCUGGCAGCUAUGAGUGGAAAGGUGAGCUUAGCACAACAGCUCAUGGAAAAAGGAGCCAAUCCUGACCAUCUAAAUGUAUUGCAUAAAACACCUUUUGAAAUCUCUGUUGACUUCAAGCAUAAAGACAUGAAAGAUUAUCUGGAAUCGCUAACAACAGUUAGACCCCAGACAGAUAAAGAAAAGAAACAACCUGAUGUUUUUCAUGCUUUGAAAAUGGGAAAUUUUCAGUUGGUAAGAGAGAUUGCUGAUGAAGACCCAAACCAAGUCAAUAUUACUAAUAGCGAUGGUGCAUCUCCGCUGAUGAUUGCUGCUGUAACUGGACAGUUGGCCCUUGUACAGCUUCUUGUUGAGAGAAAUGCUGAUAUUGACAGGCAGGAUAAUGUUCAUGGCUGGACAGCACUUAUGCAAGCCACAUACCAUGGAAAUAAAGAAGUUGUUAAGUAUUUGUUGAAUCAAGGAGCUGAUGUGAAUUUGCGUGCAAAGAACGGAUACACAGCCUUUGAUCUGAUAAUGCUGCUGAACGACCCAGACACAGAACUUGUACGAUUACUAGCAUCAGCCUGCAUGCAAGUAGACAAAGACAAGGGUAAACUGACUAAUAGAUCGUCCUUGCCCUGUUCCAGAAAUAGGCAAACUUUAAAUACUCCAGUGUUGCCAGAUGACAAGGGAGGACUAAAGUCUUGGUGGAAUAGGAUGUCAAAUAGAUUCCGCAAGCUGAAGUUGACUCAAACUUUGCGUCAUGGAUUUUCUACCAAUCAGUUUGUGCCUUUUCCUGAUGAGCCAGAAAUGUCAUUAAAUUCUACCAUAAAAGCCACUUCACAGAAUGAUGUGAACAACUCUGGAAUCCCUGAUACUACUACAGCUUGGAUCACAAAUAAAACUAGUGGUACGGGUACUACAAAAAUAGAAAAAGAUGAUGAAAUAUUGACAACCAUGUUAAGAAGUGGUGCUCCAUUUACUAGGCUACCUAAUGAUAAGCUCAAGGCUGUUAUUCCUCCUUUCUUACCUCCCUCGAGUUUUGAGCUGUGGAACUCUGACCGAACACGUACAAACAGAGAUGGCAAGGCUGAACAGACAUCUGGAAGCAAAGGUUCUAGACCAGUCAAAUUGCCUGCUUUUGUACGAAGACCUGCUUCUCCCUCAAAUUCCAACACUUUCAACCAUUCUCCUCACUCCUCUGGUGGAUCCAACAACAUAGCUGGAAUUAACAGACACGGUGGAGAACUGCAUAAUAGAUCAGGUGGCAGUGCAGACAGUGUUUUAUCUCAAAUUGCAGCUCAAAGGAAAAAAGCAGCAGGUCUGCCUGAUCAGAAACUCAAUCAGCAGCAUAGUCCGGUCUCCACAGCUCCUUCAUCCACUCUGCCUGAUCUGCAGACUGCUCAGGUCAUUAGCAAUGGCAUAGGAAAGCAGAAACUGGAGAUGAACAAAAGGCCUACAUCUGGGACCUCAUCAACAUCUAAAAGCACAUCACCAACUCUUACACCAUCAGCAUCACCCUCCCCAUCUCCUAAGGUUCAAGAUGCAGAGUCCUUGCUCUCUUCUCACAGGCAAGCCAAGAGUAAUGGUGGCUCUAGCAGUGGAACUAUCACUGAUGAAGGUAACCAAUUGGUGGAUUACCACAAACAUGUCCCUAGUUUGAGAACCACUGACAUAGAGAAUCAUGAAAGAAGAAACAAUAUCAGAGUAAAAGGAUUUUGUGAAAACUUGGAGAAAGAUGAGCUGACUGGAAUCCUUAAAAAGUUGUCACUUGAGAAAUAUCAGCCUAUUUUUGAAGAACAGGAGGUAGAUAUGGAAGCCUUCCUCACACUUACUGAUGGUGAUUUGAAAGAACUGGGCAUUAAGACUGAUGGAUCCAGGCAGCAAAUCUUGGCAGCUAUUUCCGAAUUGAAUGCAGGAAAGGGACGUGAGAGACAGAUUUUACAAGAAACUAUACACAACUUCCAUUCUUCCUUUGAGAGUAGUGUUAGUAACACCAGACCUCCUGGCAAUUCUCAGUCACCUGGAUGUUGGAUAAGACCACUUGAACUUGUUCCCACUAAGCGGUAGCUUUUGGAUAAGGGACUGUUAUUUUGAUGUCUGAGGUGUGGAUGAGUGAAUCCAAGUGUGCAGCGAAAAACUUUGUAAACUUAACACUAACCCACAGUGUCUGGGUGAAGACUGUGCACGAGGCUUCAGGUCAGCAAAGGUUCUCUUUUAAGAACAAAUAGUCUCAUUGACUUUAAUGGGGCAUCCUGCAUGGUUAGAUUUAAGCCUAUUAAGUGCUGUGCUGGUUCGGGGUCUAUACUAGGAACAAAGCUAGAAGUGCAGCAAGAUUGAUAACGUAAAGAGAUGUGUAGCUGACUUUGGUCUUCAGAGGUACUACGCUGGAAGGCUUCCAGAAAGCUUAUAUUGGCACAGCUAAGAACCACAGAGGUGUGUGAAAGGAGACAUGAAAGUUGUUGCCAAUUAUGAGAACUUGUGUACAUGAGUCUCUGAAUGAAUUUGCCACUACAGAAUAUUACAUCAGUACAAGUGAAAAAGACUUAAAGGGUGUGGACAGAGGAACUCUUGGAGCUCUUGCAGAAGGGGAACAUUUCAUGAAGGCUGUGUACAAGCAUUACAUUUAGAAAGCUGUAACUGAUAUUAGACCUCAGGGAUAGACAUUACACACAAACUGGUUUAAGUGAUCAGAAACUGGUUUAAACCUGUAACAGAAGAGAUGUUCGGUGCACAUAAACCAGUUUGAAAAUGGCUGACACUGGUUUGAGAUAAACCUG